AUGCACCUACUGUGGCCAUUCACACUUCACCAGUUGAGCUCGCACGACAAGCUCGAUCGGCAGCUCGAUCGAGUCAACUCUAGCUCGAUCGAGUCCGACCUCUUCUGUCCGAAGCCUGUUUUGCUUGAUCCUUACCAACCGGUUGCCGCUUCCUCGUCUCGCCUACUUAGUCAAGGUCACAAGGAAGUGAUUCACAAGUUCAGAAGAGAUCUCAGUGGGAUUGGAAUUGAGUUGCCUCCUAUGGAUAGCAUGAGUGAGGCAUUUGAUCAAAUGCAAAUGGUCAAGGAUGUUCUAGCCAACAGUGAUAAAGUUUCAGAGGUCCUACAAGAGUCUACUCAUCAGUUCAACCUGCUUACUUCACCCACCUUCCUACCAAAGGUCAAGGAUCAAGGGAAAUUCACUCUCCCUUGCACACUUGGGCAUCUUGAGAUUGACAAUGCCUUAGUGGAUUCUGGAGCAAGCAUCAAUCUGAUCUCUCUCUCCAUGGCAGAGAAGCUAGGCAUUGCUGGAGCCUUGCAGCGCCCUACUACUUCAAUCAUGUUUGGAGAUGCAACUUCUAAGUCUCCUCUUGGAGUGUUCAAGAACUAUCACUUGAAAAUUGGAGAAUGCAUCAUCCAAACUGAUCUCACUGUGAUGGAAAUGGAAGAAGAGAAGGAUUUACCUCUGUUAUUGGGAACCCCUUUCCUUAGUACAGUUGGCGCUUCAAUAGACUUUCACAAGCAAGAAGUGAUCCUUCACAAGGUGAAUAGUUUGGUGUCAUAUCGCUUGCAGCCUAGAGGUUCAGACUUUUGUGCCACAAUUGACAGUACCACUCUCAGUUCUAAGAGUCAUGGAGCUACAAAGGUUGUGAAGGAAAGGGUUGACAAAGAACCAAGAGUUGGGAAGGAUAAGGAUGAGAGAGGACCAAGGAUUGAGAAGCCACGUCUUGAGAGGGCUAGAGUUGAGAAACCACGAUCUGAUAGACCACGAGCUGAUCGACUUGUUCAAGCCCCUUGUGUGCUUGAUGAAGAGAGCCUUCAAGCUUUGUUUGAUGAGCCACUAGGAAGGGCUCUAAAAGAAGGGGAGGAUGUAGCCUCUAAGGCAAGACCAGGGAUAAAAGAAAGGAUCCACCAGCUCAGGCCCCUUCAUCAAGCCAUCUCAGCUCACAAUGACUUUGUUCCCCACCAAGUUUGA